AAGAAGAAGAAGAGGAGCGUGUUUCUCACCUCCGGUGCAGCAGGAGGCGGUGUCUGCUGAUGGCUCGCAUCUCGGCCACCAUUUUGCACAAGAAGAAACAACGAACACAUCCGUGAAUGUGGUAGCAGGACUUUAUUUUAUGAAGUGGUGCACGGGCUACAGAUACUUUUCAGCGUCCCCCUCGCUUGCGUCUCUGAGGAGAUGAGCUCACGCUGAACAGCUGGAGCACGUGCAGCCACGUUAAAGCUAAGUGAGGAGCUAUGGAUCAAACGUUCAGCCACUGGAAGAAGCAGAGUCUGAACAAGCUGGACCUGAGUAAGAAGGGCAGUGUGGAUGAAGACAUUGAACAUGUAGUGUCUCUGCUCAACAGCUGCGAGGAGUACUUCACCACCAGCUCCUGCUCUGGGAGAAUCCUCCUCAUCGAUGGGGCUCCAGAGAGCAGUCGUGUCCAAAAACAAAAUUGUGUUUGGCUGUUUGUCUCACACCAGAAGUGCACAUCUGAUGACCUGACGUCUGCUCUAGCCAGGUCCAGUGGAGAUGCAGUGUUGAAGUUUGAGCCCUUUGUGCUCCAUGUUCAGUGUAGGCGCCUGGAUGAUGCUCAGCUGAUGCACUCAGUGGCUAUAAACUCAGGCUUCAGGAACUCGGGUCUCACUGUCAGCAAGACGGGGAAAAUCAUCACGGCUGUCCGUAGUACCCACGGCCUGGAGGUUCCACUCAGCCACGAAGGAAAGCUCCUGGUGGAACAUGAGUACAUCCAUUUUCUAACUCAGAUAGCCAAUCAGAAGAUGGAGGAGAACCUUAGACGGAUCCACAGGUUCUACCAGAAUCUGCAAUCGGCCCUGGCUACAGAGAAACUACAAAAACUACAAAUUCCAGAUCCCCUCUCACAGGAACUACAAGAUCCGCCUGACAGACUGGAGACGGAAAAGGUAGAAGAAGAAAAGAAGGACAAGGGCAGAACAAGUGUGUAUAAACGUAGACGGAAGAGGGAACAACACCGUCAGACUGACUGUUACCAUGGUGACGGGCCGAGCAGUCCGCCAGAGCCGGACGACUGUCUGGAUCUGUUCUCUGCAAACAUGGACACGAGUACUGUGCAGUAAAAUAAUAAAAGACAUUUUAUACAUCAGUAAAAACACUUAGCUUUCCAUGAUUUCAGAAAUCAAACUGCCGUAUUUCUUGUUUUAAUCACUCUAAUUACAGAUUACAAGCUAUCGCAGCAAAAACUAGGGCAAACAGAAAUGUCCUGCCUCCGUAGUAUAAAACCGUUUUGUUGGCAUUCAAAAAAAACUAACCUAAUGCCAUAUUACAAAUGAGACCUUAGCAAAAAAAUGUAUAUAUGCAAUACUUGAUUCCACACCAUUAACCAAACGUUUCUAACCAUGUUGUCCUCCAUAUUUCUUCGUGUAUGACGUCAACAAUUCGGCAACUCGUGUACCAAAACUUACUCAGACUUUACAAGUUGUUUUUCCGGCUUUAGGGGCGUUCAUGUGAAUUUUCCAAUUAUGCCAACAGCACAUGAAUGCACCAUGUAACUCAAAGGUGUGCUAACAACUUACUGCAGUUAAUCUUUGUUAAAAUUGUAAGAUGCAUACAUUUGAUAUAUCAUAUUUUUACUUACAUGUACAUAAAUGUGGUCAGUAUUUCUGUUAACUUGUAUUUGAACUAGUGGUUUCAAUUACUUUUUGAGUAAGUGUUUUGUAAUUGGUUGUUGACAGAGAUGAAAAAACAAGAUACUUUAAACGUAUGGCUGGACCGCUUAUGAAACCCUUUUUGCUCGGUUUAACACAACCCUGCCCUCUUCAGCUCCGUUUGAGAGACUCCUCUAAUCUGUGCAGGAAUAAUAUUCGACAUACGAGGCUGUUAAAACCAGAAAUAUUUUGAAAGUUUGUUGCUAUUAAAAACAGCUAAAUAGACUAUAAAUUGUAGUUGUUGGGUGUCAACAGCCAUGUCUUUGAAUUGGACAGAGAGCAAGUUUCUACAAAUGGUAAAAGACUAUUUUCAGUGUUUUUGUUAUUGUUGUUUUUACAGUUUUGCUUAGUUACAGAAGCAUUCAACAUUGUGGUCUUCCUUCUAGUAGGGUCCAAACUCUUAUUGUGAAAAUCUGAAUGCUCUGCCAUUUUGUACAAAUUCCAUGUGUCCAAGGUAACAAAUGUAUUUUCCGCCACCAGUAUUUUGUAUUUUACUUUGAUGCAUUUAUUCGAGGGAUAUUUUGUAACAAGAUACAUUUUUCUGGGGCAGCUGAUAAAGACGGCUCUAAGAUCCCGUGGGACUUUCAAACCCGUUCAGAUAAACAUCUGGGACGUUAUAACAGUAUAAAUAUGUCACGUGUAAUGGACAUCAAGACGAGGGAAUGUGAAUCGGCAAAGAAAGACUCUAGCAGAGGCUGAAUAAUAAGACAAUCCAAGACAA